AUGCAGCCAUCAACUCCACCAACUCCCACUAUUAACGUUCGUGAUGGUAACCAAAAUCAACAAGAAAGCUAUCGAGGUGUGAUUGCCAGUUCGAUUGAUUUGGUACACAGUUAUAGUCGAAGUCAAAGUUUUAUAAACGAGAAUUUACCAAGUAGUUUCAAUUAUUCAAGUUUUAGUACUAGUUAUCAAACUAAUCGACUUCAACCUGAUGUUGAAAGUCAAUGGGAAGCCGAUGAUGAGAAUGAAGAGAAUGAAAGUCUUGCAUUAUCACAUGAAGAGACUGGCUACAUUUCGGAUGAAGAACCAGAUUUAUCAAGUAUCGAUGACCAUCAACCUGAAGUUCGACAACUCUUGGAACCAUCAACACCUAAACCUAGACGGAUGCGACAUAGCGCUUCUCAUAAUCCUCAAACAUUGAGAGGUGGAUUACAAGAUUUUUGGAGUAGAAGGUUAUCUAUUAAUUUUAGAAAUCUUAAACCAUCCACUUCAUCAUUAAAAGCAUCAAGUCAUCUUACAAAUUCAUCACAUCUUGGAAAAUCUUCAGAAUCUUCAUUACGACCUAUUCAAAACCUCGAAAGAUCGGAUCGACAAUCAGUUAUUACAGAUUCUCAAUCUGCUCAAGCUUUUCGACCGUAUCCUAAACGACGUAUAGCUAGUGAAGCUCAACCCGCUUUCAGUUCAUCAUCAAAUGAUACAACUUACCAUAAUCAUGUAGAAGGUGAUACUUUACCAGCACCACCAGCGAUCGGAACAAGUACAUUUGGUCAAACUCUUUUCAAUAGUUUUAAUGUACUUUGUGGUGUGGGAUUAUUAUCAGAACCUUUAGCAUUUUCUUCUGCUGGUUGGGUUUCUAGUAUAUUCCUUUUUUUGUUUUGUGGAUUAGCAACCAAUUAUACCGCGAAGAUCUUGGCACGAUUGAUGAUGGAAGACAGAACUCUUUUAACGUACAAUGAUAUUUGUUGUAAAGCCUUUGGUCGAUCAAUGCAAUACCCAAUAGCUGGAUUAUUUUGUUUAGAACUUUUUGCCUUAUCAGUAGCCUUAAUGGUAAUCUUUGGAGAUUCAAUGUCCACAAUCUUUUCAAAUCAAUCUCCCACCAUCUUUAAAUUAAUGGCUUUCUUCUUAGUGAUCCCUACAAUCUUUAUGCCAUUUAAGAUUUUAAGUUAUACUAGUUUGAUUGGUUUAUGUAGUUCUUUAACUUUAGUUAGUGUGGUCAUCAUCGAUGGUUUUUUAAAAUCUGAUUCACCUGGUAGUAUUUUCUUUCCUGCCAAAACUAGUUUAUGGCCUAAUAGUAAAUGGGGACUGAGUGCUGGACUCAUGAUGAGUGGUGUAAGUAAAGACAAAAACAUCUCUCACAACUAUACAACAUGUCACUCUGUCAUCCCAAGUUUGGCUCGUGAUAUGCGUAACCCUCAAGAAUUCAAUUGUAUGAUUGAUUACGCUUAUUUAUUAGCCGGUUCGAUGUAUGCCAUCAUUGGAGUAGUUGGAUAUCUAAUGUUUGGAGACUCUGUGAGCCAAGAAAUCACUCAUGAUAUACUUGUCACCCCUGGUUUUCCGGUUUUUAUCAAUCAACUUGCUAUUUGGAUGGUGGCCAUUAAUCCAAUAGCCAAAUUCGCACUUUCAACUCGUCCUUUGAAUUUAACAAUCGAACAUCUUUUAUCACUUGGUACUGGAGAAGUUGAUGAUCCACAUGCAAUUCAAUCACAACCUUCUAGUUCUGGUACCCAUCAAACUAUCGAGCAUCAAACCGUUUCAAGAUCUCAAGAUACAAAAUCACAUAUUCCUAAAAGAAAAGCCGUCAAACUUACCAAAGCAUUUGGUCGUAUUAUCUCACGUAUUACUGUUACUACACUUGUGGUAGCUGUUUCGAUCAUCAUACCUGAUUUUGAUAGAGUAAUGUCAUUCUUAGGAGCUUUCGCUGCAUUUGUGAUUUGUAUCGUUUUACCAGUUUCGGCUGAAUUAUUAUUAAACCAAAAUCAAAAUCGUCAUAAGUUUUUUAUUGGUUUAGAUUUCGUUUUAUUAAUCCUUUCAAUCUUGAUGGCUAUCAUAGGAACUGUUUAUUCAUUUUUACCCUGA